CAUAACAUCCAACGUCUCCACACGUGUGUUCUCUCUGUCAACUCUUGCUAUCACCAUCGCCUAAGUCGCUAUACCUGCGGUUUUGCAUUGUACCCAUCAGAUUCUCCGACAUACAAACGCAGUCAUGGCCGACACGGCAGCUUCGCGACCUCCCAGCACGGCAGAGCAGCUCGUAAGGAUGUCCUCGAAGCGGACGCGGGAGAUAUUCGCCGCCGACUUUGCUUCAUCCGCCGCAUUAGAUCACGCAUCCAACGGCAGCUUCUCCAUACACCCCACAUCGCCGGCCCCCUCGACCGCCGCCGACCAAGCAGGCGUCGCAUCGCGCAUUCGCAAUGAAUACGAACACGUCCGCGAACUUCCACCUGCUCUCGCGGCUAAGAUGGCCAGUGCCGCAUCCACAGCAGCAGAGCGGCGCAAGAAAAUCAAGGCGCAGAACGCCGAGGAGAAGGCCUCUGAUCCUAAGAUGCAGAAGAUGAUUGAGGGAGUCUCAGAAAAGGCUGACAAGGCGCGGGAUGCGCAAUCAAUGCAGCUGGCAGUACGAGCUGGAGGAAAGGGCGCUGCUCCCAAUGCACACGGGCCCACACCAAACAAAGAUCAGACAUCCAGUUCGCUGGUCAGGAAGGAUGUGGUUAGGCAAGCGAAGCCUGAGUGGCAUGCUCCUUGGAAAAUCAAGACAGUCAUUAGCGGACACAUGGGAUGGGUGCGAUCAGUGGCUAUGGAGCCUGGGAACGAGUGGUUUGCUACUGGCGCAGCAGACCGCACCAUCAAGCUCUGGGACCUUGCGAGCGGUCGGUUGAAAAUCACCCUAACGGGACACAUCUCGGCAGUCCGAGGCCUUGCAGUAAGCCCGAGACAUCCCUAUCUUUUCUCCUGCGGAGAAGAUAAGAUGGUCAAAUGCUGGGACCUCGAAACCAACAAGGUAAUCCGACAUUACCACGGCCAUCUGAGCGGAGUCUACUCGCUUUCGCUUCACCCAACAGUGGACGUGUUGUGCACAGGAGGACGAGAUGGCGUAGUACGUGUAUGGGACAUGCGCUCACGCAGUAACAUCCAUGUCCUCGGUGGUCACAAAGGAACAAUCUCGUCAAUCCAGUGUCAAGAAGCCGAGCCACAAGUAAUAUCCGGAAGCAUGGACAGCACGAUCCGACUAUGGGACCUUGUCGCAGGAAAGACCCGAACUGUGUUGACCCACCACAAAAAGUCUGUCCGCGCUCUUGCCACGCAUCCUACAGAAUUUACCUUCGCCUCUGGUUCUGCACAAUCCGCGAAACAAUGGCUAUGCCCCAACGGAGACUUCAUGCAGAACUUCUCCCCCGUAAACAGCAUCAUUAAUACCCUUUCGGUAAACGAAAACAACAUGAUGUUCGCCGGCAGCGACAAUGGCGAAGUCUCCUUCUACGACUGGAAAACUGGCCAUCGCUUCCAACACACUGAGAGUAUCGCUCAACCUGGUUCUCUUGAAGCAGAAGCUGGAGUCAUGUGCUCUACAUUCGAUGCAUCGGGUCUUCGUCUUAUCACUGGCGAGUCAGACAAAUCGAUCAAGAUUUGGAAACAGGAUGAGAAUGCAACGGAAGAGACGCAUCCUCUAGACUGGAAGCCAACACUUGGUCGACAAAAAUAUUAAGGACGUGACGCCAUUUGCCAUCAAACUUGGGCAAAUGCGAUUAUUGAUGUUGCAUGGUGAUUAGGAGUUUUUGGCGAGCAUGUUGGCGUCGAAAAUGUAUGACUAUUUUGGAUGUUAUUUUUUCCCCUUCAUUGUAUUGCAUGCACAAGUCUGAGAACGAACGAGAAUAUACCAUACCAGCGACGAAAGUGCGGUCUUCGUCUUUCGAACUCUGAUUCGAACAAUAUAGCUCUAAAUUUAAAAGCUAUGGUUUCUAAUGGACUUCUUCAUUCGACA